AUGCCUCGCGAUCCGCUGAUCGGCCUCGUUGGCAAGCCCUCUUCGGGAAAAUCCACAACCCUCAACAGCUUGACAGACGCAACCUCCAAAGUCGGAAACUUCCCCUUCACAACGAUCGACCCCCAGCGAGCGAUUGGCUACCUCCAGAUAGAAUGCCCCUGUGCGCGCCUCGGCCUCGCUGACCGCUGCAAACCCAACUACGGCGCCUGCGUCCAAGGCCGGCGCUCCGUGCCGAUUGAGCUGCUCGAUGUCGCCGGUCUCGUGCCUGGCGCGCACAUGGGCAAGGGCCUGGGGAAUCGCUUUCUCGACGACCUGCGCCAUGCGGAUGCGCUUGUGCACGUUGUCGACGUGAGCGGGACUACAGACGCAGAGGGCAAGGCGACGAGAGGAUACGACCCCAGUCAGGAUAUCGUGUGGCUGAGGAGUGAGAUUGUGCGCUGGAUCCAGGGCAACCUCAUGGAGAAGUGGGGGUCGAUCAAACGGCGACACGUCGCAGUCAAAGCGACGCCCAUCGAGACGCUGCAAAACCAGUUCUCCGGCUACGGAUCCACCAGCGCCGUCGUCGCGCGCUGUCUCGACAAGCUCGGCCUGCUGAGCGGCACGACCAAAGUCCCUCUCGAGCACUGGGACAACGAGACGAUCGAGCGCGUCGUCAACGCCUUCACCGACGAGAAGUUCCCCACCGUCAUCGCGCUCAACAAGAUCGACCACCCCGACGCCGACAAGAACGUGGCCAAGAUCGCAAAGACAGCCGACCCCAAGAGCAUCGUCCUGUGCAGCGCCAUUAGCGAAGUGUUCCUGCGCAAGCUCGCCAAGCAGGGCUUCGUCAGGUACGUCGAGGGCUCCGAGUUUGUCGACACGCGCGAUGACCUGAUCGAGAUGGGCGACCCAACCGGCGGCGGCCUAAAAGAGCUCGACGAAAAACUCAAGCAGCGCAUCGAGAACCUCAAAGACAUGGUCCUCUACCGCUUCGGCAGCACGGGCGUAGUGCAGGUCCUGUCGCGCGCCGCCGACCUGCUCGGCCUCGUCCCCGUCUUCCCCGUCCGCAACAUCCAAAGCUACACCAGCGGGUCCGCCGCCAGCACCGCCGUCUUCAGGGACUGCGUGCUCGUCAAAAAGGGCAGCACCGUCGGCGACGUGUACAGGAAGGUCAUGGGCGACGCGCCGCUGGCGUAUGUGGAGACCGAGGGCGCGCGGCGCGUUGCCGAGGACGACGUGGUCGCCGUAGGCAGGAACGAUAUCUUGAGCUUCAAAGUAGGGAGGGCGUAG